AUGGAGUCGAAGCUUCAGUCGCUAAAGGUGGCCGAGUUGAAGGCGUUGUUGACGUCGGCGGGGCUUGCUGUUUCGGGCAACAAGCCUGAUUUGAUUCAGAGGCUGUUGGAGAAUCCUGCUGCGACGGCCUCGCUCGGCGGAGGAGGAGCGGAGGAGUCACCGGCGGCACCAACACCCGCCCUAGCACCUGCAACAGCACCGGCACCGGCAGUUGCGCCACCAACCACAGCUCCGCAGCCGGUUGCAUCGACGCCUACUCCCGCACCAGCUCCAGCGUCCGCUGCUGCUCCCGCUGCUGCAGCGACGUCGAUCAGCGACGUCGAAGCCGCACGGCCUUCAGAGGAAGAGCGUCGCCAGCAGCUGAUCGCCGAGUUGGAGAAACGCAAGGCACGAGCGGCCAAGUUUGGCCAACCUCUAGGCGAGGUCGAGCGCAAACUCGAAAGAGCGAUCAAGUUCGGCCUCGACCCAACGGAAGAAGCCAAUGUCGCCAAACUCGGUCAAGCGCUCGGCACCAAAGCAUCCAAACCCAAAGCCUCUGCAGCACCCACAGCAUCAGCAACAACAACAACAGCAGCAGCAGCAGCGUCCAAGAAGGAGAGCAAGCCAAAGGAGACAGAAGAGCAGAAGCAGGCGCGUCUGGCCGAACUCGAGGCGGAGAAGGAGAAGGCCAGGAAGCGUGCGGAGAGGUUUGGGCUGGUGAGCAAGGAUACGCCUACGCCCGAGGAGGCUGAGAAGAAGAGGAAGCGCGAGAACCGGUUUGGCGCGAGUAACGGGGAGGAGAAGAAGUUCAAGACUUGA